AGAAUUCUUUUUUAUCCGAGAAUUCAGUCGCUGAGGAAUCUGCUGUGAACAGCGUUCCCAGUGACCGUCACAAAACCCCCCGCCCUUCCUCCACGGUGUCUGAUUGCUUCCUGGACACGGUCAAGUUCAGGGACUGUCCUGCAGAACAUGGAGCCACAGCCACCGAGCAAGACGAACAUCUAGUUGUAGCAUCAUUGUUGUCCCCGACCAAAAAACCCAGGUCAGGAGGCUCUGACCAGGGAUCCGACUCUCACAGUGACCAUCAGCCAAUUUCGAGGCAACAAAGUGUUGCGCGCUUGUGCGAGUACCACCUAGCCAAAAGGAUCUCCAGUUUGCAAGGAGAAGCACACGGUUCACUUCAGGGUUCUUUGUGUUCAUCAUUGGACGCCGGUGGCAGCACAAACAGUAGUGUCUGUGCCACGCCAACCGAUUCCCCCCUCGGUCCUGGUCCUGUUGAAUCUGCGCACCAACGUUUGCAGCGGCAUGCUCUUUCCAAUUCAUCCUCUUCCAUCAUAAAAAUGUUCAACUGCGAGGACAAACCUGGCCAGAACACUCAGGGAAAAGACCUCCAUCCUCAUGCGGACCCCGCUCUCCUGCGGAAAAUGCUUCCUAAUAUCUAUCCGACUCUUGGUGGGGCAGAAUUAAGCAGACCCUCAUCAGCUACCCCACCAAAACACAAGGAGACAAGCGCCGGCAAUAAGCAGCCCCAAAAAGACAUCCACUUUAAACAGCAGGCCUGUUUUAAGGGUCUAAACCCAAAGGAAGGCAGCGAGGCCUACAAACAGCUGAUUAACUAUCUGACAGUCAGCCAGAUGCAUCAGGGAGGGAAGCUUCACAGUGCCGGCAUGGGAGGGGCCGUCAAAAAGGACACCCGGCGCUUUAUCACUAGCAACCCACAACUUUUUGAGAUGGUUAAGAACAGAGGCAAUGUCCGCUGUCCGUGUAUGCCUUCGUCCCUAUCAUCUCCCUUCUUCAGUCCUUCUGCUGCCGGUUUCCAGACAGCAACCAGGAAUCCGCCGUCAUACCAUUCCGCCACACUUCCCGCCAAACUGAAAAGAAGUCCGGAUGUUCACGCUCACAAACCCAACGGUAGUAUAGACUUUAGGCAAGCCAGAACUGAAAGGAGGAGCUCCUUUUCUGGAUUGGAGGCUGAAAUUGAAAAAGGGGGUAUGAAUCCAGAACAAUUUAUGUCCCUUUACAAAAGGGAGGACUAUAGCCACCGCGAUGGGGGGUUGAGUCUAGGCAGAAACCAUGAAGGUGGAGGGACCAAAACGCACCCUCCACCACGAUCAAGAAGUCAACCAGGUAGUUCGGAGGAGUGGGUUAGGUCAGACAUGAGGUCCAAGCAUGCAGUUCGUCAGUCUUACCCUCAUCCCUGUGACUCUCUCUGUUACUCUGGUGCUUCCAUGUUAGGAGGUCAACGGGCUGAUUUCAACGCCCUGUCGCUAGGGAGGGGAGACCACCCUUCAGCUUUCGUCAGACAGCCGUCUAAUAGCUCUCGAGCUGGUAUUUCAUCUCCAACGCCCAAUCUGCACUCUCCACCUCCUCCACCACCACCUCCUCCACCAUUAUCUUUACCCUCACAGGCUAACAUUAGCUCCAGUAACUCAGGGUGCUCCCAAAAUUCCCUCCACUCCUCGCAAUCUCGGCAGAACCACAUUCUGGCUGUCACAGAAACGUUUCCACAAGCAGACUCUUUAAAUAAUAACCUACAACGAGGCAGGGAGCUGAAACGUAGCUCCAGCAAUGUGACUGCCAGCUCUGAAAGUGCGGAAGUUCUCACACGAAGCCGCAGUCAGCAGCCCCUAUCACCAAUGUCCCAACAAGGCGACGCCAAAGUCCAACGCAGACAAGCAAGGAAACGUCUCUCAAAAAGCUACUCCCAAGGUUCGGUGUCGUCCCAUACCACAUGCUGGUCCACAGGCAGUGGGGUGGACAGUAGGAGAGCAUCUGUGGCAUUUCCUUUACAAAAGGAUUCAAAGCACAUGAAGGGCUCUCAAAAACUGGACACCAGUCCUUGGAGAUGCAACGGCCCCUUUAGCUACUGCUUCUUCAAACGGAAGAGUGAGGGCGAAGAGGAUGAUAACGAGUGGGACAGACCCAGAGGAAGCCGCGGUGGAACCGGGAUGGACAAUAAUGGAGCAACAUCAGCCCUGUCUUUAUCCAUGGAUGCUGCUGGGGAACAACUCUAUGGAGAGGUCCUCAACAAUAUGAGCUUCAGCGACCGCCUGGCACGAAUCAACGCUCUCAAGGACCGCAUGUACAGCUUUCCUUCAGGCUUUACAGAUGUUCGCAGGGAUGCAAGUGAGCUCAUUGCCCUGGUGAGGUCCAGUAUGGGCCGAUGCGAUCGGGGAGUCCAGAUGCCCAUACAGGACGUAUCCCAGUAUAAACAGCUUCUCUCUAUUGAGUCGAAGGAGUUGGGGCGGGCUUGUCGUCGGAUGGCUCAGGCCCAUAGUAGUCCAGAUGAAAUGCUGCUAGCUGUAACGUGUAGCUUUCAGGUUCUAUGCUGUCUUUGUGAAGCUUGCAUGUGUCUGGUGAAGGGUCUUGGAGCUUCCGCCUCACAACAACAAAGAGAGGUAGUGGCAAAGGUCGACGAGGUGGUCAUGAACUACAUCUGUCUGCUCAAAGCUGCCGAGGUUGCCACGGUGGGAGCACCCGGGGAGCACAGUGUGAAAGCUCUCGUCCGCCAUUCCAGUACCAUGUCGGCCAUCGCUAACGCACUCACGCGCUCUCUUAAAACGCUGCUAAGUAAAUAAACGCUGUUCCUUAUGCUCUAGAGUGUGGCCUAUGCAGUCGGUAGAAGUCUAAUGCUACGUUCACACAGGGCAAGUUCAAGAAUCCUCUGAAUGUGGGGCUUGAACGAGCUUUUAGCAUAUGGUGUUCACACAGGUCUGUCGCUACACAAAACUAGCACACGUACCCAAAAAGGUGGAAGCGGAGCAAAUCUUUUUUUACAAUUCUAUUCCAAUAUAUGAAAGACUUGGUGUCCUAUAAUUCCAGCCGGGCAAAAACCCCAAACAGUUGGCACUUCGCGUUAAGACAAGGAUGCUACCCUCAUGUCACUACCAAAGCUGAGUCUCUGAUUGGUCAAAGUUCAACUGUUUUAACUUUUAAAGUACGUGGAACGUGGAAGCCCAAAAUGUGCAAAGAUGUAUGUUUACAUUGACUUAGUUAGAAGUGGUCCCUUGUACGUGCCUGGUGUGAACGUAGCAUCUUUUUAAUCAUCUUGCAAAUUUUGAGUCGUGUGGAAGAUUCUUGUAUUUUUUAUGCUGCAUUUGGGUGUUUUUAUGUGGGGAGAAAAAAAUAAAGCUUAAUGCAGUAAGAAAAUAAAACUCUGAAGAGAUUUGAAAGAUGCUUUUUCCAAUGACAUUAAUCUUAUGUAUAUUUAUAAAGCCAUACUAUUACAGACCUUUAUAAUAACCUAUAUGUACCUAGCUAAAUCCUUUUACCUGUGCAUUAUGUAACUUAUUCAAAGUGUAUAAAGUGUAGAUAGAUAAUAUUUAAUUAUGUUAUUUAAAGUAGCAGUUUUAAGAAGCCAUGGAGUACUUAGUGCUAUUCCUUUGACUAUUAAACAACAGGUUCAUAAAAUACAUUUUUACAAAAUGAUCUAUAAUGAUUCUAAUUUAUUGUAGAGACUAUGAUCAGUCCAAGAAGAAGACUGGAUGGAAUUGUUUAAAAUAUAUUGCUUUGUUUUUGCAAGAUAGAAAAAAUAUUUGUUAGAAAUGUUAAAACUGUAAUACAUGAGCAAAUGGUGUGAGAUUUAUUUUAUUUUAACUUUUGAAAUAAUACGCAAUACCUGUUCUUUAAAGAAUGGUUAUAUAAAAAAGUAUAAAGAUUAUAUAAAAUGCUAUCAUACUCUGUCAAGAUGCUAUGUCUGAGACUGACUGCUCUGUUUUGAUAAACACAUUUGUGUUUUAAUUAAAACAUGAAUGUGUUUAAAUAUAUUUAUUUUGUUUCACACAAUGUGUCACGAUGCAGUUCUUAUUCUGUAAUUUUAUUUUCAGUAAUACACCAACCAAUUAAACAACAUUUUCUACAAAUGCUUUUGUUUUUUUUUUUAUAUUACCGCUGGUCUUCGUGGCUUGUUGGCUAACAUAAUACAUGCUUGAAGAUUGUUUCAAUAAAAUAUCUUUCUGAAUAUACUUGCAUACCAUAACAUUUUAUGAAUCUGUCAAAGAGUAAAGAUGGUGACUUGAACUUGAGACUCGGACU